CUUUGACAGAUAGAGAAACUGUACAGCUCAGAGAACCAAGCCAACUCUCUGCUGUGAAUGAAGUCUGGGAAACCUGUUUUGCAACUUGUAGCAAUUCUCAUCAGCGACUGUGCUGUCCCUGGGUAUGGAUGGGUACAGGUAUGAGGAAGAUGACCAGCAAGGACACUAUGAUUACCGGCUUAUAGUAGGUGAUGUGAAGGAACCCCCAAUUUCACCAUCUCACAAUUCACAUAGGUGCUCAAUGAUCAACGGUUGCUCCCCUAUACACAGUGGUCAUCUCCAUGGGCAUGAGACCGCAGCACAGAGGUACAGCGCCACCCGGCUGCAGGCAGGAUAUGAACCUGAGAGCAUGGCAGACUAUCUUAUAAGUGGGGGCACUGGCUACGUUCCUGAGGAUGGACUCACUGCCCAGCAGCUGUUUGCUAAUUCAGAAGGUCUCACCUACAAUGACUUCUUGAUUCUUCCAGGAUUCAUUGACUUUACUGCUGAUGAAGUGGAUCUGACUUCUGCUUUGACUCGCAAGAUUACAUUGAAAACACCCAUGAUCUCCUCUCCCAUGGACACCGUUACAGAAUCUGACAUGGCAAUAGCAAUGGCGUUGAUGGGAGGCAUUGGAAUAAUACAUCACAACUGCACUCCAGAGUUUCAAGCCAAUGAAGUUCGCAAAGUGAAGAAGUUCGAGCAAGGAUUUAUCACUGACCCAGUGGUUAUGAGCCUCAACCACACUGUAGGGGAUGUAUUUGAAGCUAAAAAUCGACAUGGCUUUUCUGGGAUUCCAGUGACUGAAACCGGGAAGAUGGGGAGCAAGCUGGUGGGCAUUGUCACUUCACGGGAUAUCGACUUCUUGACAGAAAAGGACUACUCCACGUAUUUGAGCGAGGUUAUGACCAAACGUGAAGAUCUGGUUGUUGCUCCUGCAGGAGUCACACUUAAAGAAGCUAAUGAGAUCCUUCAGCGGAGUAAGAAAGGAAAACUUCCCAUUGUAAAUGACAGUGAUGAACUGGUUGCCAUAAUUGCCAGGACAGACCUGAAGAAAAACAGAGACUACCCACUGGCCUCCAAGGACUGUAGGAAACAGUUGCUAUGUGGGGCAGCCAUUGGAACAAGAGAAGAUGACAAAUACCGACUAGAUUUGCUCAUGCAAGCUGGCGUGGAUGUUGUCGUUCUUGACUCCUCCCAGGGGAAUUCAGUCUAUCAGAUAAACAUGAUCCAUUACAUUAAACAAAAAUACCCUGAGCUGCAAGUGGUAGGAGGAAAUGUGGUGACCGCAGCACAGGCUAAAAAUCUAAUUGAUGCUGGUGUAGAUGCUUUGCGUGUAGGGAUGGGCUGUGGAUCCAUAUGCAUCACACAAGAAGUAAUGGCUUGUGGCAGGCCUCAAGGAACAGCAGUGUACAAGGUGGCAGAGUAUGCCCGAAGGUUUGGCGUUCCAGUCGUAGCUGAUGGAGGUAUCCAGACAGUGGGACAUGUUGUGAAAGCUUUAGCUCUUGGUGCAUCUACAGUAAUGAUGGGCUCGUUAUUGGCUGCCACUACAGAGGCUCCAGGUGAAUAUUUCUUCUCUGAUGGUGUGAGACUCAAAAAGUACAGAGGCAUGGGUUCACUGGAUGCCAUGGAAAAGAGCACAAGCAGCCAGAAAAGAUACUUCAGUGAAGGAGAUAAAGUUAAAGUGGCCCAAGGAGUUUCUGGUUCUAUUCAGGAUAAAGGAUCCAUACAUAAAUUUGUACCAUACCUAAUCGCGGGUAUUCAGCAUGGCUGCCAAGACAUAGGCGCUAAGAGUCUUUCUAUCCUCCGCUCCAUGAUGUAUUCAGGGGAACUCAAGUUAGAAAAGAGGACCAUGUCUGCCCAAGUAGAAGGAGGAGUCCAUGGUCUUCAUUCCUAUACAUUUCUGCCAUUUACGAGAAGCGUCUGUACUGAGGCCAGCAGGCGUAACCACCGACAGUCAACUACCAACAUUCCCAGUCUGGUGCAAUCCAAACCUACUAAGCAUUGAAGAAGCCACUGAUGUACUUAGAAUUUGCUCACGUUCUCCCUGACCCUAAUAAUGCAGGAAAUCCAGCUCGGCAAUGUUUACUGAGCACAUGGCAUGUAUUUGCACUACACAAACCUUUCCAUGGGGUGCGUGAAAGACUUCAAGGGUUGAGAUCACUGUUACUAUUAGCAUCCAGACCAUGUUAUUUGUAAUUGUGAUGAACAAGCUUGAUUAAACCUAUUUAUUAAAUCUUCAACUUUUGGUUGACCUUGGUUAUGCCUACAGCCUGAUGCUGGGUAAGCCUGUUUGCAGGCACAUGGCUUGGCUGCACAAAGUUGUGGCUUAAACCAACAAACAAUGGGUUAUAUGAUUGAUUGCAAUAAUGUCUCUUCAUUCUCUCACUCCAUGACCUUUAAAAUGUAUGAAGAAGUGUAGUAAACAAUGAUUUUGAUAAAUGUACUAUUUGUACAUAAUCAGAUACAUUCUCCCGGAGCAGAAACCAAUCAAAUUUCUUCUCUAAUGAACUGAAUAUUGACCAAGCUGUGCAACGAAACACCAAAUUAACUAGUGGUACUGUGCCCUUAGACCGGUGUUUAUUUCUCUUAGUUGAAGAUGGUUUAUUCCUUUUACUUCUACUUUUCCUCCAUCGUUAUCAUGAUGCCUUCACUGUCUGAAGUACUCACUGUAGUAUCUCUCUCCAGGCAGAGUCCAUCUUGUAGGACUGCUUCUUGUUAUUUUCAGAGUUGAUGUGAUCAACGACAAUAAUCAGUAGCUUUGGAAAAUUGCUCCUCAGUGUGCUGGCUGUUAGGUGACAAUAGCUGCUGUUCUAUUAAGCGCUAACUAGUCCAUUUAUACAGUAAGCCACACAGUUAGUUAGUUCUUUGGUACAUGUGUGUACUUAUUUCUGCUUGUUUUCUGCUUGGACACGCCAAAGCUGAGCCUAAAUGUAAUAUAUCUCAUGUCUACAAAGAUUUGCUGAUGCCUGUACUGGAAACACACAUUGCUGUUUUUUUCUCGUUAUUCUAAAACAUUUCAAGGGUAUCUUAAUCUUUUAUGUAUGAGCCUCGCCACAAAUCUCCCUCAUUGAAAGUGGUCAGUUUGGAUCUUGUAUAGAGAUUAAUAAAGUUUUGAUGUUUACCCAAACUGCUGCAGAUAGCCUGUGAUUGGUUUGCUAGUCCCGAGUUUUACUUCGUCUCUGGACAUUUGUUUUUGUUUUGCAACAGUAACUAUGACAUAUGAAGCCCAUUUUCAGAAAUGAGACUACACAGAUCGUUAAAAUAUCCCAGUUACCUAUGAUAUAUGCUCAAUAAAAAUUUCAGUUUAAAAAAAA